CCUCCGCGCCCGCCGCGCCGCGCACCGGAUGAUGCCCCCGCGGGGGGCGGCGGGCUCCUGCCGCCGGCGGCGCCUGGCGCCCCUCAACGAGGACAACGGGCGGUUCCUGCUGCUGGCCGCUCUCAUCGCGGCGUACCUGAGCGCCGGCGCCACCGUCUUUUCGGCCCUCGAGAGCCCGUCGGAGGCGGCGGCGCAGCUCCGCUGGAACCGGACCCUCCACAACUUCAGCCGCAUCUUCAACAUCAGCCUGCCGGAGCUGCGCGCCUUCCUGCGGAGCUACGAGGCGGCUAUGGCCGCGGGCAUCCGCGUCGACGCCCUGCGGCCCCGCUGGGACUUCCCCGGCGCCUUCUACUUCGUGGGCACCGUUGUCUCCACCAUAGGAUUUGGAAUGACCACACCAGCAACCGUGGCUGGAAAAGUAUUCCUCAUCGUUUAUGGCCUUUUUGGGUGUGCUGGGACUAUCCUUUUCUUCAACCUCUUCUUGGAGCGCAUUAUCUCUCUCCUGGCAUUUAUCAUGAAGGCAUGCCAUGAAAGACAGCUGAGAAGAAGCGGUCUCCUACCUCCCAACUUCCGAAGGGGGCCAGCUAUGUCUGGGGUGGGCAGUCUUGUGGGCUGGAAGCCCUCCGUUUACCAUGUAAUGCUGAUCCUGGGAAUUUUUGCUAUUACCCUUUCCUGCUGCGCCUCCGCAAUGUACACGGCAGUGGAAGGAUGGAAUUACAUUGACUCCUUAUACUAUUGCUUUGUCACCUUCAGCACCAUCGGGUUUGGAGAUUUGGUAAGCAGCCAAAACGCUGCUUACCAAAAUCAGGGAUUAUACAGAUUCGGAAACUUCAUAUUUAUAUUAAUGGGGGUAUGUUGCAUAUACUCUCUUUUUAAUGUCAUCUCAAUCGUAAUCAAGCAAGUUUUGAACUGGGUGUUGAAAAAAUUCGAAUGCAGAUGUUGCCCAAAGUGCCAUAAAUCAAGUGCCCGCCUUGGACGUCGCAAUGCCAUCACCCCAGGAGCCCGCCUGCGUCGACACAACAUCUCAGUGGACGCUGAUGGACAGUACGACAGCGACACCGAGGGGAGGAGGCUCUCUGGAGAGAUGAUCUCCAUGAGGGAGCUCACAGCAUCCAGUAAAGUCUCCCUGGCCAUUCUGCAAAAGCAGUUGUCCGAGACGGCCAACGGCUACCCGAGGAAUGUCUGUAUCAACACGAGACAAAAUGGUUUCUCUGCAGGGGUGGGUGCUCUGGCCAUCAUGAACAACCGCUUGGCAGAAACGAGUGAUUCUAGGUAGAGUUUUUGAAAUUCCUUUUGUUUCUUUAAUAAAAAUAGAAAGGGGGUUAGGGUGGAAUUACCACUGUAAGCUACUGGGAGGUUUUCAUUUCAGAGACAGCUUUGGUAUUCAUUGGGUGUUCAGUUGGGGGUUUUGUAAGUCUUCUCUAAUAUGCAGUAACAUCUUUACCGUAAUGCUACAAUUUUCCCCAAAGGGAUUUUUGGAAGAGACUUGGAUGUCUUUGGUGCAGUAUCUGAUGCAGUUAUAGAAGGAUGGUGUGCAUGGUUAAGAUGGUGUCAAAACCAAGAUGUUGUUCUUCAGAACAUUAGCCUGAGCCCAAACUCUGUGUUAAUGCAUAAAGUAGGCAAGUUUGGCUCCAGAUUCAAACUUGGGGUUGAUAAGGGUUGGCUAAACCAGUAUCUCACUGUUUGUUGAAGUCUGGAUCCGGCCCUGAAUUUUGUACCCAGUGCUCUUCAGCAGUUCCUCAUGACAGGCCUGUAUAUAACAUACACGUAGGUGACUGCAGUUACAUCAGCUUUAGGGUGAUUGUGCUUCACUUGAAUAAUGUUGCUGACUUCAGUGACAGAGGGUUGAAUGGGCUGAAUUCCCCUGUCUACAAAUGAUGGUUUUUAGCCAUUCUUGUCUGAAACACUACCUGCUACCUAACUCUUCAGGGGAUUAUCAGGGAAAUGUGCAAAACCAUUCCUACCUGCUGAAUAACUGGAAACAGGCAAUUGUCAACUUUGGUACUGACUUCAUGUAAUGCAGGAAAAUCCAGUAUGCACCUCUGGUGUUUGCAUCACCACUGAAAUGCUUAUUUCAUUACUUUUAUAUGAAAAUAAGUACCUAAAAUGAAUGUAGACUCUCUGUGGUCCUAAAUUUGCAUCUUCUAGUUCUGCAAUAUAGUUGCAGAGAUUGAUGCAAAUGAUUUCCUUACUGUUCUUUGGGG